UGGCGGCGGCGGCGGCGGCGGCGGGGACGAGGCGAGGCGCCGUUGCCGGCCGUGCCGCGUGAGGGAAACGGCGGCGGCUCCAGCGGGCCUCCCUCCUCGGCCUUCUCCUCCUCCUUCUGCUGCUUUGCGCCGUCGUUCUCCGGCGGGAACCCAUGCCGGCCCCUCCGAGGAGCCCCGCGGGCUGAGGCGAGACAGGCCUGGCCGCGCUGAGGACUCGGCUGGAGCCUCCUCUGAGGCGGCGGAGGGAUGUCGGGCCAGCUGCUGCUCCCCGGGCUGGGCUGGGGCGGCCUCAGACUCUUCUGCUUGUGGCUGGGCAGCGGGCAGGCGGCUCCGCUGCCCCCGGCAGGGCCAGGAGAAGAGACAGCCUUUGAAAUUUCCUACUCCUUGGUGGUUCUUUCUGCCGGCGGCCUCUUAGUUUUGAUACUACUGCUUGUCAACUGUAUCUCCUGCUGUAAAGAUCAAGAGAUUAACUUCAAGGAAUUUGAAGACAAUUUUGAUGAUGAACUAGACUUCACCCCACCCGCAGAAGACACCCCAACCAUUCAGUCUCCAGCGGAAGUGUUUACCCUUACGGUACCCAGUGUUUCUCUCCCAGCUCCAUCCCAGUUCCAACUUCCAACAGAAGACCUGAAAUCUCAGGUGGCUCGUCAGAAUUUAAAUUAUAUCCAAGAAAUAGGAAGUGGCUGGUUUGGAAAGGUUCUGCUGGGGGAAGUUUACACUGGCACUAGUGUAACCAGAGUCAUCGUGAAGGAGUUAAAAGCCAGUGCCAACCCCAAGGAGCAAGAGCGGUUUUUGAGACAUGGGGAGCCAUAUUUUAUCCUUCAGCACCCCAAUGUUCUCCGCUGUACCGGCCAAUAUGUGGAAGCCAUUCCUUAUCUGUUGGUAUUUGAAUUUUGUGACCUGGGUGACGUAAAAACCUAUCUUUGCAACGAGCAGGAUAACAUUAAAGGAGACUCUCAAAUAAUGCUGCUACAGAGAAUGGCCUGUGAGAUUGUGGCGGGGCUCGUCACGAUGCACAAACACAAUUUUGUGCACGGAGAUUUAGCUUUAAGGAAUUGCUUCCUCACAUCUGAUUUAAAUGUAAAAAUUGGAGAUUAUGGAAUAGGAUUCAGUAGGUACAAGGAAGAUUACAUCGAAACGGAUGAAAAUAAAUUCGUACCCCUCCGGUGGACUGCUCCAGAACUGGUGACCAGCUUCCAGGACCGGCUGUUAACAGCAGAACAGACGAAGUACAGCAACGUCUGGGCCUUGGGAGUGACACUGUGGGAGCUUUUCAGUGGCGCCGCGAAGCCUUAUUCUGAGCUCUCUGACGAGGAGGUUUUGACACAAGUCAUCAAAGAAAAACAGACCAAGCUGUCGCAACCACCCCUCGAGCAGCCCUCUUCCGAUCGAUGGUAUGAAAUCCUGCAGUUCUGCUGGCUGUCUCCGGAAAAGCGAGCCACAGCGGAGGAAGUCCAUAAGCUUUUAGUCUAUCUCUGCAUGCAAAACCAAAGGGACUCUGUCAUUGAUCCGGAACAGUGGGACGAUCUCAAGCCGAACAUUUCAAACCGAGAACCCUUGGGGAGUUCCGCUUUUCCGAUCCUGGAUCAUUUCACCGGCAGCCGAUUUGGCCGCGAGAUGGAAGAGGUUCUCACCGUAACCGAAACAAGCCGAGGACUCAACUUUGAAUACAUCUGGGAGGCAGCCAAACACGACCACUUUGAAUGUAACCAGUCAAACCCCAUUGACACGAAGACUUACACAAACAUCUUCUUCCCGGUGGAGGUGUUUGAGAACACGCUGACCGACCAAGGGCCUGGAGCUCAGGUUGAAAGUGGGCAGGAAGUUUCCUUACUGGUGCCUGGAGAACUUCCCGUGUUUAACGCCCGCAAACCUUCAAUGGGAAGUGAUUAUUACAUCCAGCUAGAAGAAAAAAUUGGAGGCCUUGGGAGCAUCAACUUUGAUCACCAGGUUGAUGAGUUGACAACAGAAGUGGACAACCCUGAAGUUCUGAAAGACAAAAAUUGUCACGUCGUGGUUCUGGAACACUCUGCUGCUGAAUCCAGUACAGAUGGGGAUAUUUUCUGUAAUAGUACAGAUCCCAAGGAAGAGAAUUUACACUGUGUUGGUCUGGUUAGCCCUUCCCAAAAUGGUGGUAUCAUUAAAAAUGAACAGUUGGCAAAUGGGGUCAAUAGACUUGAUUUAGCUGACAUAAAUGAUAUCCAUCCGGAGCUGGAAGCAAUUGCAUGCUCAGAUCUUGAGGAAUCCACCCAUGGCUUGCCCAAGAAGGAAAGCUCCCCACCCACUUCUCAAAAUGAAAUGCAAGAAGAUACCUCACAGGAAUCUAAAUUUAGCCAACUGACUUUAGAGGAGCUAUCUGAUAACUUCCUUUUUCUUCAGGAGAAGAAUUUAUUAAAGGGGACAACGAGGGACGAAAGUGGUGGCGAUCUCCAUAGAGACCCAACAGAUAAACCAGACCCACCGAAUACGAACUCUUGGGGAGUUGAAUGUAACAUGAGUGGAAAAGUUCAUGACACUAAAAAGGACCUUCUUGGGCCAACAGGGGCACUUUCUGGUUCCCCUAAGGUUGAUAAGCAUCUCCUGUUCUCCUUUUCCAGCCCAGAGAAAAACCCUCCUAACAGAGAAGUUGGAGAUGACUCUACCAACAAUGCUUCUCUUCUUGGAAUGGAACAAGCCUCCAAACUCGGUUCAACAGGUAUCCAUUCCACCCAUGUCCAAAACCAGGCCCCUGGCAUCGGCUCCUGCCCUGGUGUCGUCUCUCUCCAUGCUCAAGAAGAAAGAGAGGAAAACAGACAGGAACUUCAGCGCAGCAGUAACUCCUGGGAGUUGACCCACCAUUUAAACUCCGAGAAACUUGAGCGAGAUGACGCCCACGUUCUGAAGGAAAGCGAUAGGACUUUUCAAGGUGAAAGGUACAACCCAGAGGGUUGCCUUCCCACCGAUCGCAUCAGCCAUGAUAGCCUACUAGAAGACAGUUUAUCAGGUUCGACCCCAAGCCUGGGGCAACUGGUAGACACGCCAGACUCGUUUGAGACAUUAGACAUUCACGAAGUUUUGGAAUCCUUUGAACCAGAAAGUCCCCGGAAAUGUUUACCCCCCGAUAAACCCGCCGAUAGUGGCUACGAAACGGAAAACCUGGAAUCUCCCGAAUGGACGUCCCACCUGGUUGGCAGCGAUUCUAGUGAAUCAGCUGGGGAGCUGGCGCAGGAGAACCCCACGGUCAUCGUGUCAGCGGAUGUAAAUUCUUACGCCGACCCGACAAACGUGGGCGAUUUUGAAGCCACUCCUCAGACAGCCUUGGAGGGCAUCCAUAAUUCGUACAGAGAUUCGGCCUAUUUCUCUGACAACGAUUCGGAGAUUGAUAAGAAAUCCGAGGUCAUGAAUCUAUCGAAAAAGCCAACAGUAUUAGCCAAGGACCACGCCGAUUUCUUUGAAGUGGAAAAUGCUGGGAAGACAAAAAAUCCUUCCAAGGGCAGUGAAAUAGCUAAUUAUCAGUUCGUCAGGGACUUGGCCUCACAGCUGGAGGUGGAAGGAGGAGGAGGAGACGACCAUGAGUCUGACGGAACAAACCAGGAGUGGCUUCAUAAGGCCAAAGAUACACCUUCGUCUCCCCUCGUCCCUGACCUAGAACAUACGGAUGAAGGUGACAUCUAUGAGGAUUCCCCUAAAAGUGUAUCUUGCACGGGCACCAGCACGGCCGAUUUUUUCCCCCAGGGCGAUCCGAAGCUCACGCCCGCCUUGUACGGUGCUCCCGAGCUCUUUGAAAAAUCCCCUUUGAGUCAGCUCGAAGGCCCUAAGUUGAAAGAACCAGACAUUGAAGGAAAGUACCUGGGGAAACUUGGGGUUUCUGGGAUGCUGGAUCUCUCCUUAGACGAAGAGGACGCCGACGAGGAGGAUGGGAACAGCGACGAUUCGGAGGACGACAUGAAGAGCUUCCACCUCCACGGGCUUAGCUCGGACAGCGACGAGGACGUGGUGGUGCACCCCGUGCCGGAGAUCAUCAGCGAUGGAAGUGAUGGGAGGCAUCUCAGAAGCUUGCUGAAACAGGCAAAGCAACCCCAGGAGAACCACUCGACCGAAGCCUUUCAGAAGGACGGGAAAAAAGCAGUAACGUUCUUCAAUGACGUCACCUUGUAUCUUUUUGAUCAGGAAACACCAACCAAAGAACUUGGAAAGCGUAUUGCUGAAUCAAACUCUAAUCACACUCCUGCCCUGGCUGCCAGUUUUGGUUACUUGAAUAAAUUCACCAGUUCAGAAAGUUCUACGGAUGAAGAAGGAGGUUUUGAGUGGGACGAUGACUUCCCUGCUCCUGGGCCCUCCGUGGCCUUGAAGGCCGCCAGCACUCUCAUCAGCUCCAAGUCUUCUUCCCUUCAGACCUCAAAGUACCUCUCUCCGCCACCGCCCCCCCGAAGCCCUGAGCAGGACUGGUUCCGCCCGUCCCCUUACUCCAGGUUCUCCAUCUCACCGGCAAACAUUGCAAGCUUUUCGCUCACUCACCUGACCGACUCGGAUAUCGAACAGGGAGGGAGCAGCGAAGACGGAGAAAAAGAUUAAGAACUGAGGCUUCUCUCGGUCUGUUCUCGUGAUUGUGGGGAAUACCUCCGGUUUGGACUAAGAGCCGUUUAAAAGAAAAAAAAGGGAGUCGGGAGCAGAAUUUGGAAUGGAUGUAUUUCACAGCCU